AGCGCGGGCCGCGGAGCAGGCCUCAGGGGGGAACCGUUUGAUGUAAAAGACUUGACUGCAUAAUCUACAUCUGCCCUAAUGCUGUCAUCCGGAGUGGAGACUCAGCCAGUUCCACUUGAUUCCUCCAUGUCUGCUGUGGUACAGGAAAUAUACUCUGAACUCCCAAUAAGUGUCUCCAAAGAGCUUCAUGCUGACUCUGAGCCAAGUGUGAUUCCAGAUGUAAAACCUGGAGCCUCAUGCUCUCUUGUAAGUCAGAGUAGGGCAUUGCCCUUGGAGCUGCAGAGGACUCAUGCGGAAAGUUGUGGUGAAGAAACCUGGGAGACCUUGGAUCAUGGGGGUGAGCCUGGGCAGUGUGGGCUAGUGGACUCCACAGCAGGAGGUUCUGUGGCUUCUGGGAUCUUGGAUAGGGAAGAGAAAACCAAGAGCAUGGAGCUAAAGGUCUUCAGAGAUCAAGGGGACCAGGUGGAAAUUAUGAGAGACCCCUGUGAGGGAGCAAAGGAAGACCCUUGUCAACAUUCCACAGCUGCUGAAGAAAAGAUCAGCCCAAGUCAGGAGGAUCUCCUGAUGCAGUCCAGCAAAGAACUUUUAUGUGCGGACCUCCCUGAAGAUUUUCUAAGGAGCAAAGAAGGAAAUGUACAAAUUACAACUGAAACUCUGCUAAAAUCCAUUGAAGAAGUACAAGGUAUGAAGGUCAAUGGGACUAAGAGGAAUAAUAAUGAAGGACACAAGAAUGGCAACGUGAGUAAAGGUCUCUCAGCAGGGUGCAGCGAGUACCCAGAAGUAGACAAAAUCAUGGCCAGUGGUGAGAUUUCAGAAACCAGCAGAUUGGUUACCCUAGAGCCUUUAACCUUUGCGGACCCUGGAUUAACAGAAGCAACUCCUAAAGAGAAAGACUGUGAAGAAUUAAAAACUUCUUGGUUGUCAUUAUUACCAGGGAACAGUGCCAUUUGCAAAGUGGACAGUGGGAAGGAAGAGUUGUGUAAAUUUAACCUUGUCUGUGAAGCAGCUGACAAUCACCCACAGAUUCAUGGCCACCAUCAUGAAAAACAGAGUUCUGCGCCUGAUGGUCCCAUAGCCAGAAGAAAUGUAGUUGCUAUAGAACCCUUGGAAGAAAAUUCUGAAGUUUCAUGUUUCACAUCAGAUUUGUCUGGUCCAGAAUCCAGAACAUUUUCCUUAGAAAAAUGUGGUUUUGAAGGAGAUGGUUUGCUGAAGGGAUCUGCCGAAACGACAGACAAUUCCUGUUUUGAUGGGGAUGAUCAAAACAAGAACUCGACUUCUAGAGAAGAAAAUGAAGAACAAUGUUGGAAUCCCAGGAGUGAAAGAGGGGAACUCUUUCCUGUUAAUGCCACACAGCCAGAAAAGGAGAUUGGUCAUCAUUGUUCUGGUGGAAAAAAGACUGUUGAUUCCCCAAAAGAAAAUAUCCACAAUAACUAUUGCAUUCAAGGCAGUCUCCAUACAGAGAGAUGUGGUUCAUUAAUGCCCAAUUCUUUUCCUGAAGCCACAGAAGUAAUGUUUAAAAAAAGUGAUUUGAAAAUUGCUUUAGACAUUCAAGAUAACUCGACAAACUCUGAGGACCAUAGAGAAACUUUUGUUAACAUGAGCCAUGCAGGUGAACACUCUGAAAAAAGCAAUUUUUCCUCCUCGAAGCAGGUUGAAGAGCCAGAACAGAUAACCACUAUAGAGCCCAAUAUGUUACAUGAAAAGAUUUACUGUAAAGACUCUAACUCCUUAGUCAACAUCCAGAGAAAUCUGGAAGGUGACACCCAUUUAAAUGAAGCAUCAUGUAAUGAUUUUCUGUUUGAAAGAAAAUCUCUUGUGAGUUUAAUGCCAGAGGAUCAGAUAAGUCCUAUAAAUGAGGUUUUAAAACCCAGCAAAGAUAUUGUUCAGUUGCCACCAUCCCCAGAAUUUGAUUACAGACCUGACAAUAUUCCACAUUUAGAUGAACAGAGCAUUGCCUGUGAGAUGAAUAAACUUUCUUGUACUGAUGAACUUGUUGUAAACAAAGUAGAAAGUGAAUGUGUUUUAAAUCAACAAGUGUCCCUUAAUUCUCCAGACCACACAAAGUUGCCAACUGACUUUCUACAAAAUAUAAACAAAGAGAUGCCUUUAGCAAAAAGCAAAGAUGCCCAACAGAGCCAUCACCCUCCAUUAGAGGAUGGAGCAGAUGUCCUUGCUAAUACUCAGACCAUUCCCAUUAAGAGAAAAAUGAAGGACAUCUCUCCACCAGGUAACAAAACCUGUGGUGCCUCUUCAAACAGUCUCACCUUAAACAUCAAACCAGAAAACCUAGAGAGAAAAAAAGAAAUGGCUGAUUCAAGAACAAAAGAUCUACAUUCCAGGCUUCUCUCAAGUAAGAAAGAAGUAGCUAGCUUUCCUCAAGUGGUCUCUGUUACAGAACGUCACAAUGCUCAAUCUCAGGAUAUGUCUAGCUGUCAUUGUGUAGGAAAAAAUGCACCAGAAGAGAACAUGCAUUCUGUUUGUGCUGCUUUUGAAUCCAGCAGAAUCAGCCUGAAAGUUGAUAACUCUUUGAUAACAAAAUGUGAAAAUGCAGUUCAGCACAGCACUAACCACUCCCAAGGAACAGAAGACUCUGUGGAAGGUAGCAGCCAUAAAGUGAGUUAUACAUCAGAGGCAAGUGAACCUGAUGGGAGAAAAACUAAAGGCAGCCUUCCAGGAGAUGAGAUCAGAAAUGAGAUGACAGCAGGCACAUUAAAUAGUGGAGUUUCAAACAAAACUGUUCUUACCACCAGUCACAUCACACCCAGUGAGGAAAAAUUAGAAGGAAUGAAACAGGAUAUAUCCAAAGAGACUGUAUUUUGUAAGUAUAACAUCUCUGAUUGUGCCACGCAAGAACUACACCAAUCUGUAAACAUUCCAAGUCCUGAAAUAUUGUUGGACCAGUCUCCUACUGUUACCUUCUCCAACCUUAGAAACAUGAACAAAGCAGUGGAAACCCUUGAUCAGGCAAAUGAAGUCCUUGACUGCCAGAGUAAUCAAAACAGACCUGACAAAUGCAGAAAUGAAGAUAAACCAGCUAAGGAGACACUGGGUGGUGACCAGAGAGAGACUGUCACAGAGCCUAACAGGGAGGUACGCCACCACCAGAAGGAUCUGCUGGUCAUUUCAGGCAGUAAUAACCCACAGUCUUGUGGGAGACCAAAGAAAGAUGAUUUGAAAGGAGACUGUGAAAAUAUUUCUGGUUGUGAAGAGUCCACAGAUGGUAUGGUGGCUACCAUCAACACAGACGGUAGUAAUAAGCCUACAGAAGGCAUGCCGGACAUGAAAGCAACUAGUACACUUGAUAGUGGUAGAAGGCAAGGUGGACUGGCAUUUAAGGAAACCUCUAGAAGUACCUUGUCUCAGAGAGGAGAACUGAAUGCUGCAUUUGUAGGAAUGACUGACCAGGACUCCGAUUUCCCAGAUGCUGCUGAUUCUACAGUGGGAUCUCUUGAAAUAAAAAAAUCAUAUGAAGAGAAAGCAUGUAGAUCUUUAAAAGACUGUGAAAUGGAAAACUGUCCAGAGUCUUGUGCCCAGGAGAUAGAGUCUGUUUCAGAUCAUGAACCAAAUACAAGAAUAUUGGAUAGAGUAAAUGUGUCUUUAAAUUAUAAUCUUCAUGAACAGCAAAGUAAAGGAGCAUCUCUGAGAGAAACACAAGAAAUGACUGAAGGAUCAAGACUAGAAAUAUAUUCUGAAUUCUGCAAAGAAAAUAUCACUGAAAUUUCCUUGAAAGAGCCGACAUCUUCUAGAUGCCAAGAUGAGAACCCUUUUUCCCUAGGGAGCCUGGAAUCUGUUGAGAUAAUGCCUUUGUGUCUGUCUUCUCAAGAAAAUUCAGAAACUAAUAUUAAUAGUGAAGAAACUGACCUGAAAACUGUUUUUAAACCGAGAUUCGAUGAAAUGCUUUGUGAAAAUGUAAAGGACUGCACGGUCCUGCCUGAGAUGAAGGAAGGAAUAUCAAGAGACAUAAAUAAUUCUGGUGGAGAAGGCAGCAUAUAUGUCAGCGUGGAAAAGAAUGCCUGCAAAGCUUGUCAUCCUUGUGAGAAUGCCACAUAUAGACAUUUGCCUUUGACAAUGGAAAUGGUACCUAAAGUGACAGGAGAAGAAACUGAAGAACAUCAGAGGGGACCACUGGGUCACUUAACUGUUGGGGAGGAAUCUGAAGAGAUGAUUAUCAGAGGAGAUAAUGCUAGUGAUAAUGUGAGCAAGAUUUCUCAGACCCACUUUAAAUGCCAAAGGAUGCUUGGUGUUGCUAGAAAACACCAAAACCAGAGGGUUUUGGACUGCAUGUUGCAGAAGGAAGAGGAAUAUAUACAUCGAAAAGCACAUACAAUAUCGGAACAAUGUGUAUCCUCCAACAUGUUGUUAGACGAUACCCAAAACAAGAACCAACCUAAGGUUGAUGACAGAGAUGAUUCCACCAUGAUGAAAGAAAUCACCUUAGCAAAGCUGGCCAAGGGGGACGUUGCUGCAGUUAUUCAGAAGUUGGAAAACCAAAAGGAAGAAAACUUAUGCCAUCCUUUAAAGAAGGACAUUGAAUCAUGCACAGGUCCUUGUCUUCCUGGUGCCCCCAGGAAAGCACAAGACCCCAACACUGCUGGGUGUGAUCAGAUACAUGGUGCCUUUGCAAAGAAAAAAGUACUUCUUUUAAAGAAGCAGCCUCAUCGGACAUGUAAGAAAGUUUUGUGUCAGGAGCAAGUCAGUGUGGGGAGAAAAAUAAGCAAAAUCAGAAGUUCUGCCUUUUUAAAGAGUUCCUCUGAUCCCAUCCCCACAAAAGUACACAGACUGCUUAGUUCAAGUGCUGUGUCUGCAUCUACACGAUUGGAACCCAAAACACCACCUGCCAGGAGCUUAAUUAGCCACAUACCAAAGCAGAAGGCUACACCAUGCCAUCCCUUGAGGAGCCUGAAUUUUAGGAAGCCUACCAAAGAAUCAGCCUUACUAAACAAGCUGUCCAUCCUUGCCUCCAAACUGGCCCCAGCCACAAAGACCACCCAGAAACUGAGAUAUCGGCGAUGUUCCUCUGAACUUCUUCCAAUGGCUAAAACCUACAAGCGUCUCAGAUAUAAACGGCUCCUGGAUGGAUUUUCAUACAACACACUGCAGCUGAAUCCAUAUUUGGCAGCUAGUGGAUGGGAUAAGAGGCCUAACAGUAAGCCCUUGGCACUUUAUUCUCUUGAAGCCAUCAAAAUGAGCUUCAUAGAUUUGAGCAACAAGAUGCCAUCGCUGCCGUUUGGUUCCGAAAUCUUCCCAGUAUCCUUUCAUGCGAAAUCAGGCUCAGAUUGCAUGACUGAGUCCUCAAGGACUUUUCCUGAGCACUGUGCUCCAGCAAGGCUUGCCUUAGGAGAGGCUCCCCAGUGCCCGUCACAGCCUCCCAAGUGGACCUUUUCUUUCUUCUUGUCCCACGGUUGCCCUGGGAUGGCCACAUUCAGGAAAGACACUGGCCUCCAUAGUCAGGCACACACUCAGGCUCCUCCACAGCCUCCAGCUUCUCUCCAAGACUAUGGAGGCACUGCCAUAGUCCAGACCAGAGCAGACUGCUCUGUCCUUGGCCUUCACACACUUCUAGCACUUUGUUCCCCAGGAUGUUACCGAAUCUGGACAAAAAAACGGAGCUUCUCCAGUCACAUGCCUACCAUGCAGAGGCUCUUCAUGACCCAGUUUAUACAGAGCUUGAAAGGGUUGAGGUCUCCAGCCUCCAUAGCAGACAAGAUCUUCUGUUCUCUGCCCUAUUCAGUGGGCAGAGUGCUGUCCAUUUGGAGUCAGCAUGGGCCUUCCGCCUGCUCCUUCGAAAUCUCCGCUCUUCAUUCCACUCACAGCAAGCGGCAGCCAACUCUGGGCACCAUGAGCAGCCACACCAUGUUACCGUACGUGCCUCUUCCAGGCGUGGAAGCUGCAUAUAAUACCAGCGGCAGUCAGAUGAGGUUAGAGCCUCCAUUCCCUGCCUUGGUACCAAAGUCUGUCUUGGUAGCAGAAUCAGCUGUCAGCAAGCUCCUGCUUUCAGCCUCUGAGUUCCAAGUUCCUGGAUUUGAUGAGCUGGAUGGUGUGACAGUAGCAUGUCCCUGCCCACAGAGCAGCCCUCCAGAGCAGAAAGAGGCUGAGCCAGAGAAGAGGCCAAAGAAAGUCUCACAGAUUCGCAUCCGGAAAACCAUUCCUAGGCCAGAUCCUAAUCUUACUCCCAUGGGCCUUCCUCGACCCAAAAGGUUAAAGAAGAAGGAGUUUAGUUUAGAAGAAAUAUAUACCAACAAGAAUUAUAAGUCUCCUCCUGCAAACAGGUGUUUAGAGACCAUCUUUGAGGAACCCAAGGAACGAAAUGGUACGCUAAUUUCAAUCAGCCAACAGAAGAGGAAGCGAGUUCUAGAGUUUCAGGAUUUUACAGUCCCACGAAAGAGGAGAGCUCGAGGUAAAGUGAAGGUGGCAGGCAGCUUUACGAGGGCCCAGAAGGCAGCUCUGCAGAGUCAAGAACUGGAUGCUCUUUUGAUACAGAAACUAAUGGAACUGGAGACCUUCUUUGCCAAGGAAGAGGAACAGGAACAGUCAUCAGGUUGUUGAUACCCAAUUCAUUUUGGAAGUCUCAAUUUUAGAUUUCUUUUGGACCUCCUUGGAAGAGGUUGCCUAAUUUUACCUACCGCCCAAACCACUCAAAAUGCACAGUUGAUGAAUUUUUACCUAUUUCAAGGUGCAACCUUUUUAGGAACUGGUGAAGGAGGGUCCUCUACUUCUACUGCUGAGUAUAGAACCUCAGGAAUGCUCCCUUUCUCCUGGAAAUGGUCCCAAAUGACAUCCGGCCUCCUCCUCUGCAUCUCCGCCAUCCACAGGAGGAAGA